AUGAGUGUAAGAAGUUCCAAAUUACCAGAAACAACCUCAAACGUUUCAGAGAAUCCUGAUCUUAUUCAUCAAACUUCACAACCCCAAAUUAAGGAGAAUGAUCAAAAUAAAAUGUCAAAUCGUCCAUUAUUAGAACGUUUUGAACCAGGAGUAUUACAAAUAUUUUUUAAAUUCACUGUGCUUAUGUUUUUAGUACCACUUUUCUUGUUCUUUACUUUAAGAAACCCUUUAG